AUACAAAAGUGCCCUAAAGCUGUUUAAACUUUUGUUUAUUUAAAGAUUGACCUCCUAAUAAGGCUGUAGUAUUAUUUUGUGUUUCGUUUUAUUGUUUUUUUAUAGUAUUAUCUUUAUUUUGCUGCUUGGGUGUAGUGUUCAGCAUGUUGAAGAUGAGAAUUGUUGUUUGAAGAUUUGAAGAGUGAGGAAAAGUUUAGCUGGCGCUUUUUUUAAUCCCCCGUUGCUCCCGCCUCGAUGCGAUGACGUCAGCACCGCUGACGCGUUCAUUCAGCGUCAAAUCUUCAGAGCUGAGCUGUAAAUACUAGAUUAAUUCCAUCAGUCUACAAGUGAAGACGAGCAUCAGACCAUCAGGAAGAAGAGAAAUCUGAAAAGACAGAGUUUAUUGAAGGACAGUGAGAAGAUGAGUGAUCCAGAACCCUGCAGAAUUAAACAGGAAGACACUGAAGAACUAAUAGAUGUGCUGGUGAAGGAGGAGAGUGAAGAACUGAGUGAAGAUGAGGAGAAACAUCAUGUCAAGAGUGAAGAAGAAACUCAAUCAGACACUGAACAUAGCAUUUUAAUGGAAAGAACAGCCGUAAAUGAUUUCACCUGCACUCUGUGUGGAAAGAGUUUUGGGAAUAAUGGCGAUCUCAAUCGCCACAUGAGGAUCCACACAGGAGAGAAACCGUACAAGUGUUCACACUGCCACAAGAGUUUCAGGGAUGCAGGAUACCUGAAAGCACACGAGAGGAUCCACACUGGAGAGAAACCGUAUCGCUGCACUGAUUGUGGGAAGAGUUACAUACAAUCAACUGCUCUACGAAAGCACAGAAAAAAAUAUCACGAUCUGAUGGUGAAGGAGGAGAGUGAAGUGCUGAGUGAAGAUCAGAAACAUCAUGUCAAAACUGAAGACGAACCUCAACCAAAGGCUGAAGAUAGUUUUUUAAUGAAAACCACAGCUGUAAAAGGUUUGACCUGCGCUCACUGUGGAAAGACUUUCAGGUGUAAAUACUAUCUCAGGCAUCACAUGAGGAUCCACACUGGAGAGAAAGCAAACAAGUGUGAUCAGUGCAGCAAAACAUUUUUGAGGCCUUCAGAUCUGAAGAACCAUCUUAGAGUUCACACAAACGAGAAGCCGUACUCGUGUUCAGAGUGUUCGUGGAGUUUUACACAAAAGCAGUAUUUAAGAGACCAUCAGAAGAUCCACACUGGUGUGAGAGAGCAUGUGUGCGAUAAGUGUGAGAAGACUUUUAUUAGAGCGGGACAACUGAAAAGACACCAGAGUACUCACACUAGAGAGAAGCCGUAUAAGUGUUCACACUGCAACAAGAGAUACAGUCAUAUACAAAGCCUGAAGACGCAUGAGAUGAUGCACACUGCAUAGAAACCGAAUGAUGUAUUCAGUGUGGGAGGAGUCAUCACAUCUCGAUGAACACAUGCUGAUCCACACUAGAGAGAGACCACACAGAUGUGAUCAAAUUGUUGAUUGCCUGAUUGGUGUAUGACAUAAAGUGGGUAUCAAAAUGUACAAGAAGCUCUGCAUUGAAUUACAUUUCCAUGCCAUAUCUUUGAAAACUUGCGUUCUGUGAAUGAACGUCGCCUCGUGGUUCCAUCCCAAAGAGGGAAGAAAUCACUUUCCCGAACUCUCGCAUUCAAUCUGCCCAGUUGGUGGAAUGAACUCCCGAACUGCAUCAGAACGGCAGAGUCACUCGCUAAAAACGACUAAAAACUCAACUAUUUAGUCUCCACUUUUCUUACUAAUCAGCAAUUGCCUCUCUGGUUUAACCGCUACUGUAUUACAAAAAUACUUUAUUUUUUAGUAUUGCACUUUUGUAAAGCAAUACUUUGCUUCUUACACUUUACACACCUGAAACUUGCCUACAGCACUUACUCAUGGUUGCUCUUAUAGUUGUGUAAAUUGCUUCCUUGUACUCAUUUGUAAGUCGCUUGGGAUAAAAGCGUCAGCUAAAUGACUAAAUGUAAAUGUAAAAUCUGACUGUUUUAUUCCAGUAUUUUCAAUGAAAUUUCGGUAAGUCAGUGUAAACAGUUUUUCAUCUCAUUUUUCAUUUAAACAAUUAAAUUAAUGUUUGAGUCUUCUUAAC